UUGAAAUCGUCUUUGAUAUUUGUUUCGGUUAUUUUGCGCUUUUUCUUUAUUAUUUCGAAAUUUUAUUAUAGAUAUAAUGGAUUAUAGUACUACAGGUGCAAUGAGGAGUCCAUUUUCUCCUCGAGUGAGGCAGUCCAUCACGGGACGAAGGCCUAUUUCGCUUUCCUCAGCGAAAAAGAACCAGAGUAAAUCAAUGCAGUCUUCGGGUGAGCCAACUGGUGAUGUAGUGUAUAAGACUCCAGUUACCACCAUAGAAACAUACGGAAUGCCCCUCCCCGUGAUGGUCACAGAAGCCUUGACGUUUGCCAGUGGUGAAGUCAGUGUCCGUCUGUCUGCGUGUGGCUGGUGCUGGGUGGUGUCGGGGCGGCGCGUCAUAGCGUGGCCGCGCGCCGCGUCCUCGACCAGCGCCGCCUCCACCAGCACAGUGGCUCGAGAACUGUCAUUGCCACAAACUGAUCUGGCACAUAAGGCGGAUUUGGUUGUGCUCUUUUACACUGCAGGAGCUCAGAUGCCAUCUUGCAUUGGAGUUUCUCCUGAGGGUACAGUCCGUUACUGGCCCUCAGUAGGCCAAGAGGGAGUGUAUGUAGACGUAUCAUGUGAACUGGCCGGCCAGGAGUGUGAGAAACUGGGAGACUACACACCCGAGGGAAUAGUGCUGGCCACUACCACAUGUACUGUAGUAUUACUCAAUCCCACUGAAGUUGGUAAGUAAAAGAAUCAUAAUAUAUAUUUUGUGUAAAGGACAAUGCCCAGAAAUGUAUAGAGCACCUACAAUCAAUCAAAAUAAUUUAUAUGUAGCAAGGUAGAGCAUACAUAGUAUGAGCCAGAUUCAAUAAGUGUUUUCAAUGAAACCAUCACAAUUAUUUUCAAAAAAUGACAUGCCCAUACAUAUAUUGUGAUAAUCUGCAGGCUCGUGGUUCAUUCAAUUUGGUUUUUUUUUUUCAAAAUGAAUAGUGCAUUUGGAACCUUUUACUUAUGGUGUAUUCAAUAGUCCAUGAAUGAUUUUGAUUGACUAGGUGUUCUUGGGCAUUCUCUUUUACAUGUUAUGCCUUCAAUACAGCUUGAUACACAGGGGUGGAUUGUGACUUUGUGGGGCCCUGGGCUAAUUCUACUUAGGGGCAAGUUAGGGGACCCAUUUUCUAGGUAGGGUCCAAACACUACCAGCGAUUUUUGUCUGUUAACCAAGUAUCAAAAGAUUUGGAAUCAACCAGAUUAGCGCAAUUGGUGAUGCGCACCUUGGUGAGGCGGCAAAUGUGGCUCGGCAAGACCGGCCCAGUUUGUUUUAGUAGGGAACUUUAAAGCUCAUUACCAGGAGUGGUUGUUCCCAUACCAGUGCACUGACUAUGCUGCAAGGGAUAUGUGUAAAUGACAAUGACCAAAGGGCAUUGACUAAAAUUGGUGCCUUUCUUUUUUC